GUUGUCUUGGUUCCCAUACCAUUUUCCAUUCAAGAAAACAAAAAGCUUCGGAAUUUCAGAGCUUCAGAAUUCGACGAUCUGUUCGACUAGAAGAGGUGCCAUGGAUUGGGUUCGCGGCGAAACGGUGGGGCGUGGGAGUUUCGGGAAGGUGAGCUUGGCGGUGCCGAGAAGCCACGGGAUCGCCGGAGCUGCGCCGCCGAUGGUUGUCAAGUCGUGCGGGGCUUCAUGUUUUGAUUCGUUGCUGAACGAGAAAGCUGUACUGGAUGAACUCCGAGGUUGCCAGGAGGUUAUUCGGUGUUUCGGAGACGGAUACAGUUUCGAGAACGGCGAGAAGUUGUAUAAUGUGUUGUUGGAGUUUGCUUCUCAAGGUGCUUUGGCGGAUAAGAUCAAGAAAUCGGAGAAUCAUAGGUUGUCGGAAAUGGAGAUUCGGCGGUAUAGCAAAGCUCUGCUUCGCGGGCUUGGGUAUAUUCACAAGGUUGGGUAUGUUCACUGUGAUAUUAAGCUUCAGAACAUUCUGUUGUGCGAAAAUGGUGAAGUUAAGAUUGCGGAUUUCGGAUUGGCUAAGAGAAAUGGGGGAAAGAAUUUGGGGUGUGAAUUGAGGGGUACGCCAAUGUAUAUGUCGCCGGAGAUGGUGAACGGCGGUGAGCAGGGUCCGGCGGCAGAUAUAUGGGCACUUGGUUGCGCGGUGGCGGAAAUGGCCGGCGGAGCUCCGGCGUGGAAGUUCUCCGAAGUGGCGGAGCUUUUGAUGAGAAUCGGGGUCGGCGAAGAGAUCCCGGAAAUUCCCGGUAAAUUGUCGGACGACGGCAAGGAUUUUCUGGAAAAAUGUUUUAUAAAGGACCCAAGAAAGAGAUGGACGGCGGAGAUGCUCCUGAAUCAUCCCUUCAUUUCCGGCGAAGACGACGGCGCCACUGUUUCAUUGAGAAAUGACACCCACAGGGAAGCUUCAGCUCCAGCUCCAUCGCCUUCCCCUAGAUGCCCUUUCGAUUUCCCAGAUUGGGUGUCGGAAUCAGAUCACCUCCAAUCCUCAAUUACAUCUUUACCCCCGCCGGAAUCAGAAUAUUCGCCGGCGGACAGGCUGCAGGGAAUAGUCAGCCACCAAUCCCCCAAUUGGUCUCAAGAUUCCGACGAGUGGGUCAACGUUAGAUGAUGUCAAAUGUCAACUGUCAACCUCCAAAAACUUCAGAGUUGCAACGAUUUUUUUUUUGGGCGGCUCUGAUAUUUUUAGCAGCCAGCGUGAAUUUUGUUCAUUAAAUUUUUUGUUUUUUUAAUGUACAUAAAAUAGAGGGUAGAUACAGAGGAUGCUGGCGGGUAGUGGCAGUGUUUUGACUAUAAAGUCAAUAGUUUCAGAUUUUACAGUGAAAUGAAUGAAUGAAUUGAAUCUAUCGAAAUCAAAUUGUUGUUAGG